GAAUCAAAUAAACUUGACAGCAAAUUGACUAAUCCUACAACAUGCUGAUAAUUAUGUUAAUGCUUGAAUGUGUGACUUGACAGAUUGAGAAGCUUUUGGAGGUUACUGGUGCUGCGAGUGAUUAUGGCAUUGAUCACACUUUGUACCAGGCUUGUGAACCAGUUGUCCAGACUGUGUGUAAAGAUAAAGGCAAGAUGAAAGAUGCUAUGAUUUUUUCAUGUCUGAUGGAGAAUCUUUACACAGAUAACAUGAUACCCGAGUGUGAGGAACAGUUGUUGCGCUUGGAAUUUUUUGUUGCAAGAAACUUUGAGCUUGAUCUUGUAUUGAAGAAAGCUUGCCAAAAUGAUGUUAAGACCAUCUGCAAUGCUCCCAGCCUGGAUGAUCAAGACUCGUACCUCAGCAGCCUCAUUAUAUCAUGUCUUUAUAGGCAUGCUGUCCUUGAAACCCAAGCAAGGGUUUCACUCAAAUGUGCUGCUCAUGUGCAGCGUGUGAUGCAUCAGAGAGCUGUUGAUGUCAAUCUGAUGCUAGAAAUACAAUUUGCCUGUGUACAGGAUCUUGGAAAACACUGCAGUGAACAACUUGAAAAAGGAAAGGUACAAGAACUAUUUACUAGUUUACACUGUCAGAACAUUCAGGGCUUGAGACUAAAUCAUUAGGCUGGCCAAGAAGUCACAGACUGAAAGUAACUGAAAAUAUUCAGAUUUGGCCAACUUUGUUUUUCCACUUACUUCUUUGGCCAGUGAAAAAUAGUUCUCACAAUAUUUGAUGAAAAUCAACCUUGGCGUUUUUAAUGUGAUACAACAGAGCAGCUUCUUAGUAAAUGGUACUCUAUUCUACGCCAAAACUGUUUGAUUUCUAUACCCUAUCCCCCAGCAGAUAAACUAUGCAACGAAAAGCCCACCCUUGCUUCAUAGCAGCACUAUUAAUGACUUAUAUCUAUGAGUAUCCCCCCAGGAAAACAAACCACCUUGUCAUGCUGAUCAUUCUCAUUCUGAGAGAGCUGAGAUUGUUAAAUGCAAGUUCCACAGGCACUAUUUUUGACACGCUGUUAUCAUAUGGUGACCAUCCUUUAAUAAGACCAACACUGGGG